GAUGUAGUCUUAGCUCUUUAUUUUGCUUUGCUCCGGUUACCUCAGAUUGUUUCUGUGCUUGUGUUUUCCUCGUGUUUUGCAGUUUUCAUUCUUGCAACCGAAUGGUGUAGCAUUGCAUUCUUUUCCAUAAACAUUGAUUUGAGUUCAUCAUACAGCUCCCUGACGUGUUUGCUGGUCUUUUCUUUGGAACAGGAAAUUAGUUGGGACCACUGAUAUUGCAUUUUCAUAACCAUAAUCAUUGUCAUAUUCACUGUACCAAACAACAAUCAAUGGAGUUCUGCAUGAGUUUGGUGUUUUCUUCCCUUGUCGUCAUAACUAUUUUUCUUCCUCUAAUAACCGCUGAUCUCAACUCCGAUAAGCAAGCCCUCCUUGACUUUCUUGCUGCUGUCCCCCACCGUCGAAAUCUAAACUGGAGCUCAACUAGUCCAAUAUGCUCGUCCUGGUUUGGCGUUACUUGCUCACAGGAUAAUUCUAGUGUGUCCGCCCUCAGGCUCCCCGGGGUUGGAUUUAUGGGCCAUAUCCCGUCCAACACUCUCGGUAAAUUAGGUUCCCUCAGGACUCUCAGCCUUAGAUCUAAUCGUUUUAAUGGUGAUCUUCCUUCAGAUAUCACCACUCUUCCAUCACUCCAAUACCUCUACCUACAACAUAAUAACUUCACCGGUGAUCUUCUUGCUUCCUUUUCCCGCCAACUCAAUGUGUUGGAUCUUUCAUUCAAUUCUUUUACAGGUGACAUUCCAGAAACAAUACGAAACCUAACAAUGCUCACUCGAUUGAACUUUGAGAACAACAAUCUCUCUGGAUCUAUACCUAAUCUUAAUCUCACUAGGCUCAAGCUUUUGAAUUUAAGCUAUAACCAGCUCAGUGGUUCGAUCCCAUCAUCGCUUCAAAGAUUUCCUAAUUCAUCUUUUGUAGGGAACUCACUAUUAUGUGGUCCUCCUCUACAAGCCUGCUCUCCAUCAUCACCUUCUCCUGCUCAUUCUACACCCCCACCAAUGCUUCCUCACAAACAAGGCUCCAAAAGGAAACUGAGCUUGGGAGUUAUUAUUGCCAUUGCAGUUGGAGGGUCUGUAGUACUAAUUCUUUUAGUCUUAAUCAUCUUAUGCUGCUGUCUGAAGAAAAAAGAUAAUGAUGGAAGUGGUGUAUUAAAGGGGAAGACAUCUGGUGGUGUCAGGAGUGAGAAGCCAAAAGAGGAGUUCGGGAGCGGGGUGCAAGAACCCGAGAAAAACAAGCUAGCUUUCUUUGAAGGAUGUUCUUAUAAUUUUGACCUUGAGGAUUUAUUAAGGGCUUCAGCUGAAGUUCUGGGAAAGGGUAGUUAUGGAACAGCAUACAAGGCUGUUCUGGAGGAAUCGACAACUGUUGUAGUCAAACGGUUGAAGGAAGUGGUUGUGGGGAAGAAGGAUUUUGAGCAGCAAAUGGAGAUUAUAGGAAGGGUUGGGCAGCACCCGAAUGUCGUCCCGCUCCGUGCUUAUUAUUACUCCAAGGAUGAGAAGCUCUUAGUUUAUGACUAUAUACCAGGCGGUAGCUUAUCUACACUUUUGCAUGGAGACAGGGGAGGUGGAAGAAGCUCAUUAGACUGGGAAUCCAGAGUAAAAAUCUCCCUUGCAGUUGCCAGAGGAAUUUUCCACAUCCAUUCUAUGGGUGGUCCAAAGUUUACACAUGGAAAUAUCAAGUCCUCAAAUGUUCUCGUCAAUCAAGAUCAUGAGGGGUGCAUCUCCGAUUUGGGUUUGACCCCUCUUAUGAAUGUCCCUGCAACCCCAUCCCGGACAGUGGGGUAUCGUGCUCCUGAGGUGAUCGAAACCCGUAAGCAUUCACAUAAAUCAGAUGUAUACAGCUUUGGUGUCUUGCUCCUAGAGAUGCUAACAGGGAAAGCACCACUGCAAUCACCUAGAAGGGAUGACAUGGUUGAUCUUCCAAGGUGGGUACAAUCUGUGGUGAGGGAGGAAUGGACAGCCGAGGUGUUUGAUGUCGAGUUGAUGAGGUUCCAAAACAUCGAAGAAGAAAUGGUGCAGAUGUUACAAAUAGGGAUGGCAUGCGUGUCGAAGGUACCAGACAUGCGACCAAACAUGGAUGAAGUUGUAAGAAUGAUCGAAGAAGUCCGGCAAUCAGACUCAGAGAACCGGCCAUCGUUCGAGGAGAACAAGUCGAAAGAAUCGAAUGUGCAGACCCCGUGAAUGUCUGAAAGCUGAUGCAUUGUGGUUUUAAGAAUGGGCAAAUCAAGGUUUCCUCAUCCAACCAUGCAUGCUUGCAUGGCUUUCUCAAAGUUAUCAGUGGUGUUGGUGUUGUGUAAUAUUUCAGAGUGUAUUGAUGAAUUUUUCUGGUUAAUUCAAUUAGGGGGUGGUUUUCCUUCUUUUGUUUUAUAUAUGAUUUUUUUAACAUCUUCCUGAUUUGUUGUAAUGUUAAAUUUGGGCAAAGAAAUGAAAUUAAGAACUUUGUGUUCUG